CGUUAGAUCAUAAAAUAAACAAACGUUCAUGUUGUUUAUUUUACGAGUUAUAGUAAACUGCACUGCCUAAAUGGUUGUGUCGGACUCUUGCCUGUUUCCCCCUUCGAACAUGAAGGUGAGAAUCACAAACAGCGAAGGAGUCGAUUACAUCGUUGACCUGCACCCAGACUGGACGGUGGACAAAGUGAAAAUUAUGUCACUUGGUCAUUUCUACUCGUCCUCAGAAAGUAUGAAGAGUUCGCUCUAUCACAAACUCGUGCUGGUCAGAUCGGGAAAACUGUUGGAAGAAGAAACGACUUUGCUUCAUGCAGGAAUUAAAGAUAAUGAUGAACUUUUGCUACUGAAGCGACGCCUUUCACCAUCUUCAUUUGACACGUCUGACAAAGGAGGAACUAGUGAUAGGAAAGGCCCUGAUGCAGAGGCGAUUAGGAAGAUGACGGCUGAUGUGUCCAAGUCACAAGCAACAUCGUCCGAUGAUGAGGGAGACCCAGCAGUUGAUUUCCAGACAGAAUUGCGACGGAUCCUCAUCUCCCUAAUCGAAGCAUCACAGCAGUUGCUCUGUCUGAACCCAGCUGCCGCCAAGGUUUUCAAGCAAGCUGAAGACAUUUUGAAUGAGCCGUCUCGGACUCCGUUGGUUGACCAGAGCAGUCUAAAGCAGCUCACUGACAUGGGCUUCCAAGAAAACAGAGCCACGAAAGCCUUAAUUCUAAACAAAAUGUCUGUGGUCCAGGCCACCGAUUGGCUGUUCAAGCAUGAAGCGGACGCCGACAUUGAUACACCUCUCCCGGGAAUGGAACAAGGUCCCUCCACAUCCGAGGAAGAGCCUCAGGGCGCAGUUGGAGGGUCACAGUCGAGUGAUGCAAAGGACGAGAGCCCGAAGAUUUCCAACAUUCUCAUCAGGGCGUUCCGCAAGAGAGAACAUCGACCAAACCCUAGAGCACUACAGAAGCUGUUGGAAAUGGGUUUUUCUGAACAGGAAUCUAUUGACGCUCUCAAAGUGGCCAGGAAUGACCAGGAUGCUGCCUGUGAAUGGUUGCUAGGCGACCGCCAGAUAAAGCCGGACACGGUUGACGAAGGGCUGAACCCAGAGAGCCCAGUGUACAAGGCCAUCAUGCUGAACCCCAUUGUUCAACUUGGACUGAAUAACCCAAGAUGUCUGCUGGCCUUUCUGCAAAUGUUGGAAAACCCCAUGACUGCGAACCAGUGGUUAAACGAUUCAGAGACUGGGCCGAUUCUUAUGCAAAUAUCGAGAAUAUAUCACGCUGAGAAACACUCAAAACCUAGACUUGUCUCCCCUGGCACUCUUGUGUUACCAAGCUGAAAAUAUACUUGUUAAAAGUUA